GAACAUGAGGAUCACACGCGCAAAUCCUCUGCGCCUCGUCAGUCCUGUUUACAACACCGGACGAAGCGAACGUCUGUGUAGUUAACUUUGACUUUUUUUUUUUUCUUACAAACCAAAAGAAACUUAAACAGGAUUGUGAGGAGAUCGCUUUCUGGCUGCCUGCCGCUGAUUGUUUUGCUUUAACUUUUAAUUGCAUGACAUUAAAACUGUGGUGUGGACUAAAUGGCUUUUCAACACAGAAGGUUAUUAAAGCCUUCAGCUUGGAUGUAGCGGAAGACAGACCGACUUAAAUCCACUGUUCUCCACCCACCUCCCUUUUCCUUCAAGAUCGUUUCGUCUCAUGAAGUUCUGCAAAAUAUUUGAGCGUUGGUUGGUCGUUGUAUAAUGAUUACCGUUUGGAGGACCGUAUAAGUGCCCCUCACAUCAGCGAUGACUAUGAGCUCUAUAUCGGACGCAUUAGUCUCAGCUGACCCUUCAAAGUCGGCGUUUUUAGAGUUCAGCGGCCACGGUUACCCCGGACACCAGCAACCCACCUCUGGCCUAGCGCACAACCAUUACCCGGUCCACGGCCUUCACGCAGUUGGGGGCCAUUCACAGCACGAGGGGCCCUUCCCGGCGGGAACAUCUCAGUACGGCCGCUCUCUGGGCUACCCACAUUAUCACGCUCCUGUGAGUGCUCAUCAUCCUGGGACUUACCUGCCAUACCAGCAAAGGGGACACAGCGGCGCGCUCGGACAUACAAGGCUAGAAGACACCGAGCAUGAGAAGCCUACAGCGGUGAUAGAAAACGGGGAGGUGAGGCUGAACGGGAAGGGGAAGAAGAUAAGAAAGCCUCGGACCAUCUACUCUAGCCUGCAGCUCCAGGCACUCAACCAGCGCUUCCAGCAGACACAGUACCUCGCCUUGCCUGAGAGGGCUGACCUUGCAGCCAAGUUAGGCCUGACACAAACCCAGGUAAAAAUUUGGUUCCAAAACAAAAGAUCCAAAUACAAAAAGAUAAUGAAGAAUGGACCUUGUGGACCUGAGGGGGAUCAUCUCGUUCCACCACCACCCUCUUCCUCUUCUCCAUGCACUCUGUGGGACAUCAGUAUGGCUGCCAAAGGCCCACCGGUCCACUCAGGAGGAUACAUGAACAAUUUUGGACACUGGUACUCUGGACAUCAGCAGGACGCCAUGUCGAGGACACAGAUGAUGUGACAGAAAGAAAAAUACAGGACCUCCUGGAUCAGUAAUGGAUAAAUGCCAGCAAGCUCAAAAGUACAUCAAACAAUUACAUUCCUUACAUUCUGAGCCACAUUGGAGGUAAAAACAGUAUUGAGUAGCACAUAGUUGUGCCUAAAAAACUGUGCUACCUUUAUUGAGCACUGCAGCCCUACCCUCAUGGGACAAUCAGAAAAUGAAUAAAGGAACUGCUAAAGUGUGCCUUUAUAGUUGCUGAAAUAAAAUUAUUGACAUUCAGGCUGUUGUUAUUGUUUUUUUCCAGAAGGACAAAUUCUAAUAUUUUUAAUGAACUGCUAUAGUUCAACGAAUUUGCUUAUAUAUGGUUGAGAAGUUUUUAAAAACUGAAUUAAAUUAAAAAAACUAACAGGAGAUGGCUUUUUAGUUUAUUUUGUUUGUAUGAUGUAAAAAUUUAAAAGGAAAUGUUCCACUAACAUCUGGGUAUCCUGAUUACUGAAGAGCCAGAGAAUUCCAACUCACCUUUAAUUAUUGUCUUCUGUCCUCUGAUGCUGGAUUGUAUUGGGAUUUCUGGUUUGAUGGUAAGUAUCAAGGCGGAAAAUAGUCAGACUAAUGAAAAGCUUAUGUUUUGGUCCUAAGGAAGCAGCUGUUCCUUUUUACGCUGCACAUUUUUUUUUGAUCUAACGUCCGACAUUGUUUUUAGUGAUCUGGUUUUUUUUUUUGUUUGUUUGUUUCUUAUGAGACACCCCAAUGUAUCAUAGCUCUUUGGCUGUUCCCAGUCAUGUAAAAAAAUCCAUUAUGUGUAAAGUGCUUUGCUGCCUUAUAAUAAAAAUCUGUAC